CUCGUUCGAGAUAAUAUCAAAACCAUUCAAUAUGGCUUACUUAAAGGUACUGUUUUUAGUGUGUUUAGCAUCUUAUUUCAUAGAUGCGGCACCGAGUGCAUUAAAAGAAGAAGAACCUAGUAGACUAGUAGAGGUCUUGAUUGACGAACCCCUCGAGGUCGUUGACUCCCCAAGAGAAAAGAGAUCUCCUGGUGGUUAUGGAGGAAAAGGAGGCGGCGGUGGUGCCGGAGGAGGUUUUGGAGGCGGUGGCGGAGGAGGAGGAGGUUUUGGAGGCGGUGGCGGUUUUGGCGGUGGACUAGGAGGAGGCGGCGGUAAAGGAGGUGGAUUUGGAGGUGGUGGCGGUGGUAAUAAAGGAGGAGGAUUUGGAGGCCACCAAGGCGGUGGACAUUCCGGUGGGGGGUGCAAUACCUGUGGUGGAGGUAAGGGAGGCGGAUAUGCUUCUGCAUCCGCGCAAUCCAGCGCAUCUGCCAAAGCUGGAGGAUACGGCAAAUAGGACAUAAUUAAAGACAACUGCAUAAAACCGUAAAACCAACAAGGAUGUGUUUGUCAAAAACAUGGUGAUCUGUAAGUAACUAAAUGGUAAUUUGAACUCAUGCAAUAAAAUGUUUAUAUGUGUACACUA